AUGGCAAACGAUAUUCGCGUUGUGGUUGGUUUAGAUUUUGGAAUCAUUUAUUCGGGAUUUUCUUUAUAUCAUGUUGAAGAAUACGAUAUCGCGAAAAUUGUAACAAAUACUGAAUGGCCUGGAAAGGGAGGGAAACACAAAACGAAUACAGCACUUCGAUAUGAUGAUGACUUUGAAUUGAUUGAAUUUUGGGGUCAUCCGGCCUUGUUUAAGAAAAGUAGAGAUGAUAACAAAACAAUAGGAUUAUUUAAACUGUAUUUAGGUAAUUGUUUAGUAAAGUUCAAACCAACGUUGCCGGAACCAUUAACAUAUAGAAAAGCGAUUACUGAUUACCUUUAUGAAAUGGGAAAGUUGAUUAAAGAAACAAUUCCUAAACACUGGUCUGGAAUUGACUUUAUGGAACAUGUUCUUUUGGUUCUUACUGUACCAGAUGAAUAUUCAGAAAAUGAUAUAGCUAUAUUGAGAGAAUGUAUAUUCAAUGCUGGGCUAAUUAGUGACAAACGUUCUGAAAGAUUGCAAUUUACAACUGAACUAGAAGCCGUAGCAAUUUACUGUAUGUAUAGUAGCUUAAGAGAACACAGACUUAAAGAACCUGGAACAACUUUUAUGAUCGUCGACUGCGGCGAUGAUACAGUGGAUUUAGAACUAUUAGGAACAUAUCAAUUAAGUGAAAUUACUGAACGAGCUAGAUACCUUUGUAGUACUUUUAUUGAUAAAGAAUUUAUUGAACUACUUAAACGUGAAGUUGGAAAUUCAGCUAUUGAUUUGUUUAGUGAUAAGAAUUAUGGUCAAUUGCGAUAUUUAGUUUAUGAAUUCUGUCAAAAUGUUAAGUUACCAUUCAGUGGAAACAAUCCAUAUUUUAGUUACGAAAUUGAUCUUGAAAAUAUUGCUCCUGCGUUAUUAAAAUAUGUUACUGGUUCAAAGAGGGAUUUGAUGGAAGAAAAAGAAUGGAUGAUUACACUUGAUUUUGAUACUGUUAAAGCCAUGUUUGAUCCUAUUAUUGAUAGAAUUAUCGAAAUGAUUCGGAUUCAGCUCGAUAAUUCUAAAAAUUGUUCAGCAAUAUUCUUAGUUGGAGGUUUCGGUAAAUCCAAAUAUUUACAGAAAAGAGUCGAUGAAGUAUUUAGCAAAUCGGUAGAAAAUAUCUCGAUUCCGAAUCAACCUGUCACAGCAGUUUCACGUGGCGCAACAAUAUACGGGAAAGGGUUAUUAGAAUCAAGAAAUUUGAAUAAUGUAAAAUAUGUUAUCCCAACUCGCGUAUUGAUAUAUACGUUUGGAGUAAAAAUAUCUCCUUUAUGUGAAUAUGGAGAUCCGCUAGAUCGACUCACGAGCGAUGGGAGAAUUCAUAAAUUUCGUCGUAUUGUAGAACGUAAUACUGAAAUUACAAUUGAUCAAGAAUUUAUAGUUGAGAACUUAGUUCCCAUUCAUCCGGAUCAAACAAAAAUGAGCUUUGAGAUAUACUAUACAAAAGAACAGAAUGCGGUUUAUUGUGAUGAACCUGGCAUGAAGUUGGCUGGAAGUCUACUCAUUGACAUUCCCGACGUGCAUUUAGGAACUAAUAGACCUUGUACAUUUUGCUUAUCAUUUGGUGAUAUGGAAAUUAAAGCUAAAGCUUUUAACAAAUUAAAUGGGCAAAAUUAUCAAACCAAAUUUGAAAAUACACACUCAUCACGCGUUAUUUGGAUCACGCCAAAAGUCAAAUGUUUAUACGUCGAACCGUUAUAA